UCCAAUAAAAUGACUCAAUAUGAUUCGAUCGGUGAUUCUGGUAUCUCGAAAAUUGAUUCCAACGCUUCUACACUCUACGAUCGAACAGAACGCUCCACGAAUACGGCUGCCAGUUCAGUUUCGAUGUUUCUCUUCGAAAUCGAUGAAGGUAGCGAUCCUCGGCGCAGCCAGUAAAACCGGUAGUUAUCUGUCGUUAUUUCUAAAACGAUCGUCUUGGAUAGACGAACUGGCCGUUUACGAUAGCACGUGCACACACGGUCUCGCAUGGGAUUUGAAUUACAUCGACACGAAGUGUAAGGUUAGCACAUGCAGCUCCUCGGAAGCCUGUCUGCAGCGAACGCUCGAAGGAACGAAAAUCGUAAUGAUCGUUGCUGAUCGAAUGAUCAAGAAAGUGCCGGGCACCGAUGAAGUGUUGAGGCGCAACGCCGACAUUUUGUCGGACUUGCUGCCGAACGUCAUUAAAUAUUGCCCCCAGGCGAUGGUCGCGGUGGCAAUGUAUCCGAUAAACAGCUUAAUACCGCUGGCCAUGGAAAUGUACAAAAGCGCCGGGGUCCACGAGUACAAUCGUCUUUUUGGCGUAAUUAGCCUCGACUGUCUCAGGGCGAAUAGUUUGCUGGCGGAGGUUGUAGGUGUCGAGCCAGAAUGCGUGUCGAUACCCAUGAUCGGUGGAAGCUGUUCAAAGACGUGCGUGCCGAUUUUUUCGAGGGCGAAACCUUGCAACAUGAUAUCCCAGGCAGAAGCUAGAAGAUUAACAAGGGCCGUGAGAUCCAUCGACGAAGAAAUAUCGAAACUGGAUGCAAAGGGUACCGCGUCCAUUGCCACGGCCUUCGGAGCAGCUAGAUUUUGCAUGUCUCUUUGCAAAGCUUUGCGUCAUCAACGCGGCGUCGUGGAACACGCCUACGUCCGAUCCUGCGCGAUACCAGAAAUUCAAUAUUUUGCUUCCGCCUUGGAAUUGGGCCCGGAUGGCAUACAAAGGCAUUUAGGCAUUCCGCCUCUGAACGAUUACGAGUGCAGCCUCCUGAAAGCAGCCAUUCCCGCUUUAAGAUCCGCCAUUCUACUCGGAGAGGAUCUCGCUUUCGGAACCUGUCCGAUCGAAGGGAAGUAGAAGGCGCCGUAGUUUCCGCAGGAAUUAUAGAACGCGCCGAUGAAUUCGAGUGUGACUUUCACAAACAAGGCUGCGGAGUUUAUUUUAUAGGUCGCCGGAGAAUCUCUCGCCGCUAAUUCCCACGUGUACUCUAAUGAGCAAAGUCGGCCAGUCCAGUUAGCCAGACUGGCUUUUUUCUUUAUCGACGACUAUCAAAGUGGUACAUGGGCCGAACGUAUGCGGCCCCGGCACCGCGUGCCCGCACAGCAGACUGAAAAGAGACCGAAAAGAGAAUUGGUUCGCCGAUCUUGAAAUUCCGUCUGUAAUUCUUUUUCUCUUCACCCGCUGUGCCUCCGCCGUUUCAUUCAUGGUGAUCAUUAUUGACGAUAGUUAUUGUGAGGCACGCGGGAGGUAACCUUCGAAUGAUUUACGAUCUUAUCCAGUGUGUUCCAUCUAUUGGAAUUAACCUCGUUUCAUUAUGGACUCGAAAAAUGAGGAGCCUUCCAUCGGA